UUCUGGAAGACGUAGUUCCUCUAUGACGCGAUGCCUAAGAUCUAAUUUCUUAUAUCUUUGGUAGAGACGGGGUUUCACCGUGUUAGCCAGGAUGGUCUCGAUCUCCUGACCUCGUGAUCUGCCCGCCUCCGCCUCCCAAAGUGCUGGGAUUACAGGAAGUCAAGUAAGGAAAAGAUGAGGAAUUCAGGAAACUGAGGAUCCAAACCAGAAGACAGGCGGUAAAGCUUCCCAGGAUGAAGGUGAAGAGUCAUCCCAGAAAACACUAUGAAAUGCAGCUGUUCUCUUAGUUACAUUGGCAGAUUGUGUGUUGUCAAUGUUGACUAUUGCUUAGGGAACCAGAGUAUAUCAGUGCAUGGCCUCUGCCUGGCCCUUUCGCACAAUUGUAACUGUAGCGGUCUGCAAAGAUAUGAAAGGAACAUCUGUGAGAUAGAUACUGAAGACUGCAAAUCUGCGUCCUGCAAAAAUGGAACAACUAGUACACAUUUAAGGGGAUAUUUCUUCUGCAAGUGUGUCCCAGGAUUUAAAGGUACGCAAUGUAAAAUUGAUAUAGAUGAGUGUGCUUCACAUCCCUGCAAAAAUGGAGCCACCUGCGUUGACCAACCUGGUAAUUACUUCUGCCAGCGUGUGCCUCCAUUUAAAGUGGUUGAUGGCUUUUCCUGCUUAUGCAGUCCAGGCUAUGUUGGGAUAAGAUGUGAACAGGACAUUGAUGACUGCAUCCUGAAUGCCUGUGAGCACAAUUCUACCUGCAAAGAUCUGCAUCUCAGCUACCAGUGUGUGUGCCUAUCUGAUUGGGAAGGAAAUUUUUGUGAACAAGAAUCCAAUGAGUGUAAAAUGAAUCCUUGCAAGAACAAUUCCACCUGUACUGACCUUUACAAAAGCUAUCGAUGUGAGUGUACAUCUGGAUGGACUGGACAGAACUGUAGUGAAGAAAUAAAUGAAUGCGACUCUGAUCCAUGCAUGAAUGGAGGUCUUUGUCAUGAAUCUACCAUCCCUGGACAAUUUGUAUGUCUGUGCCCACCCCUUUAUACUGGACAAUUUUGCCACCAACGCUAUAACCCUUGUGACCUACUUCAUAACCCUUGCAGAAACAACUCAACAUGCUUAGCUUUGGUAGACGCAAAUCAGCAUUGUAUUUGUAGAGAAGAAUUUGAAGGUAAAAACUGUGAAAUUGAUGUGAAAGAGUGCCUCUUCCUUUCCUGCCAGGAUUAUGGUGACUGUGAAGAUAUGGUCAACAAUUUCAGGUGUAUUUGCAGACCUGGGUUUUCUGGAUCUCUGUGUGAAAUUGAAAUUAAUGAAUGUUCCUCUGAACCUUGCAAAAAUAAUGGAACAUGUGUGGAUCUGACAAACAGAUUUUUUUGUAAUUGUGAACCUGAGUACCAUGGGCCCUUCUGUGAACUUGACGUAAAUAAAAGUAAAAUCUCACCUUGUCUAGAUGAAGAAAAUUGUGUCUACAGGACUGAUGGAUACAACUGCUUCUGUGCCCCUGGUUAUACAGGCAUCAACUGUGAAAUAAAUCUAGAUGAAUGCCUAUCAGAGCCCUGUCUCCAUGAUAGAGUUUGUAUCGAUGGCAUCAAUCAUUAUACCUGUGACUGCAAGAGUGGGUUUUUUGGAACACACUGUGAAACAAACGCCAAUGAUUGCCUUUCAAAUCCUUGUCUACAAGGAAGGUGCACAGAACUUAUUAAUGAAUAUCCAUGUUCAUGUGAUGCAGAUGGGACUAGCACACAAUGUAAGAUCAAAAUUAAUGACUGCACAUCAAUCCCUUGUAUGAAUGAAGGCUUCUGUCAGAAGUCAGCACAUGGAUUUACUUGCAUUUGCCCACGUGGAUACACUGGUGCAUACUGUGAAAAAAGCAUUGAUAAUUGUGCUGAGCCUGAACUUAAUUCAGUCAUCUGUCUUAAUGGAGGGAUCUGUGUUGAUGGGCCUGGACAUACUUUUGACUGCAGCAUGAAGCCAGUGGAAUUCAGGCUGAAGAUGCCUGCUUCUUUUCCUGGCGUAUUUCCCAGGGAUAAGCAUAGGCAUUCAUUACUGCUAUAAAGUUAUUCAAACUGUAUUUAAAUAGGAGUCAUCUAUCUCCAAAAUUAUCAUUGCUGAUUCAAUGUGUUUAAAAGCCCCUGAAGAUCUGUCAAUGGUAAUGCCUUGGGAGGUGCAGUUUCUACUGGGACUCCACGCUACACUAUGAGAAGUCAGAGCUGGUGCCAAGUCAACACAGUCCUUAGAUAGUUUACUUACCAAAGAAAACUCAUAUUCUAGGAUAGAAGGUAGUGCUUUUCAAGUCAAAUUAUCAGAUUUGUUCAUGGGUUAAGGGUUAAUCCAUAAUAUGUUUAUGUAAAAUCAUAGUAAAAUUAUUAUUUGAUAUUUAAAGAAGAAAAUUGAACUUAUGGUUCUGAGUUCUAUUUUGUGUUCUCUAAAUGUAAUCAAAAAGAAUCAUGUCACUCUUAAAAACCUGGUAAAAUAUUUUGUUGUUAUUAUCUUUAUACUAUUUUUGCUUCAAAGUUUAUGCCAAUCAUAGUAAAAGUUAAUGUCUUCAUUCUUGUUGCUGGUUUGUUAAUGAUUUUGCUAAGGUCUGUUUGACUUUAAUUGGGAAAAUUACUCAACUUUAUAACUUUGCACCUUAAGGGUAUUUAUCCUGAGGUCUUACUUGCAAGGAAAACUAUUUUAUUAAAUAUUUCAGCCUUUAAUGACCUGCAGAAUAUUCCAUAGGCUUGCUCUUAUAAUUAUUUUAGAAUUAUUUUUUCCAAUUGAAAUUUAAUGCUGAAUGACAUUACACAAAUAAACAAAAAAGGUAAAGACUGUGCUACCCUUUAAAAUUGCCUGUAAUUUUUUUAAUUGCCAACCUAAAAUAUUUUGUUGUGUUGUAAGAUUCACAUAUUAAUUUUAACUUGGUGAAAUGUAAAUUUCUUAGAUCUUAUCUUUGACUGAGGAUGAUAUAGUAAGUGCUGUCAAGUUUGCUUUCAUCUCCAUCAUUGCCAAAAUUAAACCAAGGAAUGGUCUUUUUUCAUGAAUGCUAUAUGUUAUAAAUUCAGUUGAUUCAUUUCUUUCACAGAAGUUAACAUGACUUUUAUUUAAUUAAAAACCAUGUAGAAAAGAUUUAUUCCAAUGACUGACAUAUAGAGAACUUAUAAUUUAAUUCCCUUCUGUUUUUAUUUCUGGAGUUUUAAGUGUUUAUUCAAAAUACGUGGUGUCAUACGUUUCUGUUAUUUAUUUCUUCAAGUCAGGGGAAUUUUUAAAAUUAUUCUAUUUGUCUUAUGCAGAUUGAUACUGAUUCACUCAUUCUGCAUUCUACUUCGGGUAGCAAUAUUGCUUACAUAUUGUAUAUCACACUUCUUAAAAAAUUUUCUUUGAUGAAAUUUUUUGCUUCCUUUUUUAAAAAUUUCAACAUUUUCAACAUUUAUUAUAGAUUAAAGGACACAUACACAGGUAUGUUAUAGGGGUAAAUUACUUGAUGCUGAGGCUUGGGAUCCCAAAAAUCCCAUCACCCAGGCUGUAAGUACAGCACCCAAUAAGAGGUUCUUCAGCUCCUUUUCUCCCUUCUGCAUCUAGUGAUCCCCAUUGUCUGUUGUUCCCACCUUUAUGAUCAUGUGUAUUCAAUGUUUAGCUCCCACCUAUAUGGAGAACGUAUGGUGUUUGGUUUUCUGUUCUUGUGUUGGGUCAUUUAGGAUCAUGGCUUCCAGCUCCACUCAUGUUUCUGCAAAGGGCAUAAUUUCAUUAUUUUUUGUGGCUGCAUAGUACUCUGUGGUGUGGUGUAUAUGUACCACAUUUUCUUUUAUCGAUCUGCUGUUGAUGGGCAUGUAGGUUGAUUCUAUAUCCUUGCUAUUGUGAGUAACACUACUUAAAACUCUGUCCUUCAUGUAUUUCACUUUUUUCAGUUUUUAUAUUUUUGUUCCUUCUCACAUUUUUAUUUACUUCUCAAACUUUUAUCCAGUUUUUCUGAAAUUUUUGUAUUUUAAUCUUUUACUUUUCAAUGUGCCUUAGUUUUUCAUUAUUUUCUUUCAUCGUAAAUGUAACGCCCACUUAAAAAGCCAUAUUAUUAUAUUCUGUUUACAGAGUAGUUAGUUUAUUCCAAGAGUUUGAUUUUUUUCAAAGUUCAUAUAGCUGAACUCAUCUUUUUAUUGUUACAGAAUUAAGUUGACUCAGUGUGUCAGUUUCUAGCAUUUUGUAUCCCGGCUUUAUUGAUCUUUGUGGUUGUUACCCAGAUAUAGCCGAAGACCACUUUCAUAUCCUAACUCUAUUUGCCAGACUCUUGUUUAUUGAAUUAUUUCUGUGUCUUUAAGACUAUUUGAAAUAAGGCUGAACCAUUAAAUGUCUGGGCAGAGGCAAGCAUUAAUGCACAGGAACACCCAUGAAAGCCUAUUUUUACUACAUGUGUUGUGGUUGCCAGGGUCUAAGGGUCAAAUUACUACACAAGUGUGAGUCUAUUUAAAUAUCUUCCUCUACUAUUAAAUUUUGAGUAUUGGACCUCUCCAGGUCAGAGUCGUAUCAGAUUUAUACUUUGUUCAUUGCUGAUUUUUCUCAUGAAAACAUUUUAUUAUUUUAAAUUAUUUUAGAACUAAGACAAUGGUACAUAAUUAAGAUAGCCAGUAUUCAUUUAAAAAAAUCUUGCUGAUGCAGUAACUAAAUUUUGAAAGAUAGGUAGAUUCUUUGUUUUCUGGCAAGGAUAAAUUUGUUAUGGUAGUUAGCACAGAUAUCAACACAGAAGAGUUGUAUUUUGAUGAAGAAAGAAAAAAAAAUUACCAAGAAACCCAGAUUAGAUAUAAUU